UGUGAGACUGCUGAAAGAUGGAUGCCUGUUGUGACUUUGGUUUCUGAAGUUGACACCUCUGUUCCAAUGACUAGGCUAAGCCCACCAAACCUAAUUUCCUCAGAUAUUCAGAGCUGGUUAUAAAACAAAGGUACAGUAAGAGAAGUGUAGUUCAGAUCCCUGCUUGUCACUGAUUACUGUGGGACCGUGAGGACUUCACUGGAAACAAGAUGUUGCAGUUUGGUUUAAAAAACAUCAGCAUACUUUGCAACCUAUGCUGCUUUCACAAUUUAAAAAAAUAAUUAAACACCUUCAACACAGCAAGAUGGGAGCGCCUGCAGAGGGACAAGGAGGAGCUGGAGAAGAGGUUUGAGAUGGAGGUGCGGCGGCUCCAACAGCAGCAGCAGGCCGAGCUGCUGGCCCUGGAGGACAAGCUGAAGUCACACUACGCUGAGCAGCAGGAGAGGCUGCAGGAGGAGCACCUCACACACCUGGAAAGGAUCAGGUCUCAGCACCAGGAUCAGAUUGAUGAUAUUAAUGCAAACCAUGAAGCUGCUGUCCUCGAGAUGGAAACCAGUCACACUUCAGCAAUUGCAGAUCUGGACAAUGACCAUGAGAAUAAAAUGACAGAGCUCAGAACAGCUCAUGAACUUGAAAGAAAAAAACUAGAGGAAGACUUUGAAAAGCUGCGACUGUCACUGCAGGACCAGGUGGACACGCUGACAUUUCAGAACUGCACUCUGAGAGACAGAGCUAGGCGGUUUGAGGAGGCACUACGAAGAAGCACAGAUGAGCAUAUUGAGGAGGCUCUGGCCCCCUAUCAGCAUAUAGAAGAAGAUAUGAAGAGUCUGAAGCAAAUUCUAGAGAUGAAGAAUCAGCAAAUUCAUGAGCAGGAAAAGAAGAUAAUGGAGUUUGAAAGAUUGGCUGAGAAAAAUGCUGUAUUACAAGAAAGAGUUCAAGUGCUUCAACAGCAAAAUGAAGACCUCAAAGUCAGAAUUGAUAGAAAUGCCGCCAUGUCAAGGGAGUUAUCUGAGGAGAAUGCAAACCUGCAGGAGCAUGUGGAGAAGGAGAGCAAUGAGAAGAAACGGCUGAGCCGCACAAACGAGGAGCUGCUCUGGAGACUCCAAACUGGAGAGCCCAUGAGCCCUGUGCAACUGUCACCAUCCUCCUCGCCCAUCCACCGUGGCUCCCCGGGCCCUAUGUCACCCUCCAGAAUCACUCCUAGGUGAAGGCUGGAGGAAGGGCUUUCACUGAGAGAUGUCCAGACCCUGACAGGAUGAGCUGCUGGCGGACUCCCUCCAAACAGCCCCUUUCCCUGAGCUGUUAUCAUUCAGUACCUUAAGAUGCACAAGGCAGGGCUGCUGCCCAAAAGCUUCUGCAGGUGUCCUUGUUAGCUGUAGGCAACAAUUUAAAAACCCUGCAGUGUAGCUGCUGGCUCUAGCUUCCUGGCAUCUCAUACUACCAAACAGCACAGUUUAAAGUCUGGGUAUCAGCGAGGAAGACAUCAUACGCUUAAGCAGGCCAUCAUUUUCACAUAUAGAUAGUAUAUAACUGAUCAAGUAGGUGGCCAGGACAGUGACUGCUGAUUCUCAAUAUUGUUUGAUUAAACACUAUUUACUUCGGCAUCUCUGUAAAAUAGAUGCAUCUGGAAAUAUACUUUUGCACAUUGCGCCUCUUUAAGGUCGCCACCUUUACAAAUCAUCUGCUGUACCUUCAACUUUGGCCAGGAAAACGCAAGUUUCAAAGAAGCGCCUUUAGGCUACCAUUAGGUGGCAUUCUGAGAACAUUUACACACCAGCAGUUUACCAUGGUUGAAACUCCUAUUGCCUUUCUAAAACAAUCUGCUUUUUAAACAGCUCUUCACCUGCUUCUCUCAGUCUACUUGUAACCAAACUAGGCGGUUUACGGGACAAAUUAUGCUCCUAAAUGAGACAGUUCAAAUAUGUAGUACUACCAGUACGCAUUUUUUGUUGAAAAAGAAGCAUGUACUGUAUGUAAGUCUUCCAAUUGUAACUGACGUUUAUUUUAAUGCACUUGUAUAACUUUGAAAAAGGAUCAUACUGUACCCCUGGGCAUUCUUAAUGUUCUGUAGUAUUUGAGCCUCCUCCUUCUAAUAUUCUGGAAUGAAAAUUAGCCAAGGUAGGCUCAGUGUAGGUUUAACUCAUCCUUGUCCAAGUCCAGGUAAACCUUAACAACACCUCCCAUAAAUAGGUAGUGUUUAAGGAUCUCUCAAAACUGGAAUGGUUUAGGAAAAAGACAAACAAGAUGUAUUGAAAUAUUGAUGUGCAAAAAUUGAAUUUUGUAAGUUCAGGGAUUUUGUUGUUUAUACCUAACAUAUAUAACAUUUUCUAAGGAGGAAUGUUUCAGUUGCUUGUUCAGUUUUUCCUCCAAGCCUUUUACACCCACAUGGCUGGAGCUGCAUUGAGAGCUUGGUUAGAUGUAUACAGUGCAUAUUCCAGAUUUCAAACAUUCAACUCAAUUUCAAGAAGUGUAACUGUGAUCUAUGGCAUCAGUUUCUCACAUUCCAGUCAGAAUCACUGAUACCUACCAGUUUCAGGGUUGUAAAAGUUAUCUGUUAUGUGAAAGAGUAAGAGAGUAUUGAGCUUGGCCUAGAGUCUCAUCAAAGCUUAUGAUGAAUAAACCUGAGGUUGAGCCAUCACAUAGAAAAAGACCCGCUGUCGCCUGGACAACGUAUUGCCUAGGUUACUGAUACAUUGCUUCAGUAAGUCAUGCACAGUGCACCAAUAGUACUGUAAACAAAGCAACACGAUGAAGGGUGUUUCAGUAUACAGUAGCUCAUCUAUCACUAAAUGGAAAACCCAACCUACUGCUGUUUAACAGGUAUAAUAUAAUUGAAUAACAUUCAAUUCAAAAACUCAAUUCAGGUAUUAAAUUCUGCACUGACUGCUUUUGUGUCCCUUAGACACAUUGUGCACCCAACAAUUGAUUGUUUGCUCUACCGUGUGUGGGCUGAUCUAAUUAUGUGUUUGGGGGAAUUAUUUAAAACGUUUCUACUAUUUUGGAUGUUUCUGUGCAGAUUUGUGUAAUAUGUAUAUAUGGCUCUUCUUCAUAAGGUCAUACUUCAUACCGGUUAAAAUGGAAGCAUGCAUUAUGUUUUGUUUUUAAAUUAUGUUCAAAAAUGUAUUAAUAGCAAAGGAAAUAAAACUUGUGUGGAAUGAAACAAGACCAUGUAUGUAUAUGUUGACACAUUUUGUUGCACUUAUGUUAAAUGAGAUUAAAAUAUCAAAACACAGGCCUUUGUUAAUUAAAGUUUCUGUCCUUUUAAAAAUAAAAUAAUAUAACCUUUGCACAUGGCAA